GGGAAAAGGCGUUGAUUGUGCAGCUGUUGCUUUCAAUUAUAAAUCCGAUCACAGAUCUGUCGUGUCUUGUAUCCUGCUAUCGUACAUCUGACGAAAAUAAGUGUUGUAUAAUUACGCAUGGACUUACAGUAUAUAAACAACAUGAGCAUGACAUGCGCGAUUAAACCAGCGUCGUCUAUUGUCUGAAACGUUUGUUUUUUACCUAACGUGUGCUUCUGAAAAAUUAUUAAGAUAUUUUUGUCGAUUUAAGUAUUUGCAAAUGUGCGACAUGAGACUAAUAUUCAGUUUGCUCGUUGAGAUCGUCGAAUCUUUCUUAAAACAUAUCGGAAAACUCUGGUAUCUCGUCAGCCCUAAGGAGACGACUUUCGAAUUUCCACAUGAAGUACCGGACUAUCAGCAACAGAUAUGGGUGCCGUUUUUUUUGUUAAUUUUGGAGCAAAUAAUAUUGAGAAAAAAAGAAUUUCGUUUGAAUGAUCAAAUUACGUCGCUAUCUCACUGGAUGCUUCACGAAACUGUUCGAAUUUUUUCACGCGGGGCCGAGUAUUAUGCAUACGUCGCCAUUUAUGAGAGAUUCGGCAGAGGAUGGAAUCUGCUUGUCUGGGACUCAUCAUGGACAUGGUAUAUUUCCUUCAUUGCCGUGGACUUUUGUUACUAUUGGGCCCAUCGCAGUAAUCAUGAAGUCCACUUUUUGUGGACUCAUCAUCAGGUGCAUCACAGCAGCGAAGAGUUCAAUCUCGCGGUGGGUCUGCGACAAUCCAUUCUGCAACAUUGGUGUAAUUUUGCAGUCUACUUACCCUUGGCUCUCUUUAUAUCUCCGUCGCACUUUAUGGUUCACAAUCAGCUCAACUUGAUAUAUCAAUUGUGGAUUCAUACGACACUCAUUGGUAACCUUGGACCGCUCGAGUUAAUUCUUAAUACACCUAAGCAUCAUCGCGUUCAUCAUGGCUGCAAUCUUUAUUGUUUGGAUAAGAAUUAUGGUGGUGUGCUUAUAAUAUGGGAUCGAUUGUUCGGCACGUUUCAAGAGGAAGAACGUAAAGAAAAAAUAAUUUACGGUUUGGUAGUUAAUGUGGAAUCAUUCAACUCACUGUAUCUUCAGGUGUUCUAUUUAAAGGAUUUAAUUAAAAAAAGUAUAAGUAUGGUUACCUGGGCCGAUAAGCUUGCUGUUUUUUGGAAAGGUCCUAGCUGGUUUCCAGGUGUACCGCGUUUAGGUUUAGAUGAAUUUAAAAUAAAAGUGAAGCCUAGAGCCAUGUACGAUCCUCAAAUACCAAAAUGGCAACAAUUAUACAUAAUAGUGCAAUUUUUGAUGAUUCUUCUUAAUCAUUUUCAUCUAUAUUACGAGAAUUUAAACGAUCCCUGGAUAAAAUAUGUAUUGGUAAAUAACUUAGUCAUCCUCAUCAACAUCGGUUUGUUAUUUGAUAAGCGUGCGUUUAUAUAUCCUAGUAUUAUUGAAUUUACACGUUGUGUGGCUUAUUUAUAUUUUGCACACAAGAUGAAUAAUGAAAAUUUAAUCAAUUAUUUGAUAUAUGACGUAUCCGCGUUGCAGCUGUUCCUCAUUUGGAUACCUUAUUUCGUAUAUAAAAUUUACGCAUUCGUAUAAUACUCUUAUUUAUGGUCGCGUACGUGUUAUCGAAGAUUGAAAAUUUGCUAUAUAUUUGUUAUACAUAUAGUAUUAGAGCGUUGUAUAUAAAAAUAUUUUUGAUACAGCAAACAUUGCAUCGAAAUUAUGUAAAUCUAUAAUAAAUAUAUUUACAAGGAAAUAAAUAUAUUCAUCUAUAGGUUUCAGAUAAUGCACAGAUGUAUAUUUUCAUCGUUAAGGAAACAAUCUUUUUUCUUCCAAAUGACAUUAUUAACUCGUAAUAAUAUACAAUACAUGUGUAAACAUAAUUGAUAACAUUGUAAUUCUGCGUUUAUAUAAUAAUAAAAAA